AUUUUUUGGGAGAUAAACAUUAGGUUUCACCGUCCCUCAAAAAAUCAAAAGAUGGAUUGUAGAACCCACGAAGCAUGAACUCAGCACAUACGUGGACUCGAACGAGCUAACUCAUAACUCGGUCUCCCCAAAUUCAUCCAUUUCCAGCCAGGCAUAGCCGCCUCCUUCUUCCAGCAAACCCUUGAAAUUAGCUAAUUAGAUUUUUGAAGAGAGAAAGGAAGGGAGAGAAAAUGGGAAAGGGAGAAAAGACAGGGUUAGGAAGAGCUCUAGUGAAGCACCAUAAUCAAGUAGUCCAAGAAACCAAAGAAAAAGGUCGUUUUUACAAAACCCACAACAAGAAAGCUCUCAUCUCUGUCACCGAUGUCUCCGACAUUGAUGCUGUUAUUGAACAAGCUGAUGAAGCUGACCGCGUCUUCUCCGCCGACAACCCUGUUCCUCAAAUACUCAUUGAUUCGGAUUCCAGUUCAAGCACCCCUGCCUUGACGCCUGAACAGAGGAGGCAGCAACAGAAGAAAGAGGAAGCACUGCAUGCUGGAAGCCUUCGUGUCCCUCGAAGGCCGCCAUGGAAGGCUGAGAUGACAGUGGAUGAGCUUGAUGUCAAUGAGAAACAUUCCUUUUUAUCAUGGCGUAGAGGCCUUGCCAAACUUGAGGAGAACGAGAAGCUUGUCCUUACUCCAUUUGAGAAGAAUUUGGAUAUAUGGAGGCAGCUUUGGCGAGUGGUUGAACGUAGUGAUCUGAUUGUUAUGGUUGUUGAUGCAAGAAACCCUCUGUUCUAUCGUUGUCCAGAUCUUGAGGCGUAUGUGCGAGAGGUUGAUGAGCACAAGAGAACGAUGUUGCUUAUUAACAAGGCUGACCUUUUACCAUAUUCUAUCAGGCUGAAAUGGGCAAAAUACUUCCAUGAUCAUGGAAUUCUCUUUGUAUUUUGGUCAGCAAAAGCUGCUUCUGCGGCUCUUGAUGGGAAGGUGCUUGAUGUUUCAAAGCACAUGCAAGAAGACACAGUGCAAGAAUCAGAAGAUGAUACAAAGGUUUAUGGCAGGGAUGAACUGUUGGCCCGCUUACAGUUUGAGGCAGAAGAGAUCAUGAGCUUGAGGAAAUCAGGGCCUGAAGCUACAGAUUCCUCUGAUUCUCAUUCCCUUGUUAGAAAUACUGGAGUAAAUUCAGCAUCAAACAGCGUAACUGUGGGGUUUGUCGGCUACCCUAAUGUGGGGAAGAGUUCAACUAUCAAUGCUUUGGUCGGAACAAAGCGUGCAGGAGUGACCAAUACUCCGGGGAAGACAAAACAUUUCCAGACCCUGAUAAUAACCGACAAGCUUACUUUAUGUGAUUGCCCUGGACUUGUAUUCCCGUCUUUUACGAGCUCAAGAUAUGAGAUGAUUGCUUGUGGAGUUUUACCUAUAGAUCGAAUGACUGCCCAUCGUGAUGCUGUACAGGUGGUUGCAAAUAAAGUCCCAAGACACGUAAUUGAACAAGUCUAUAAGAUCACUUUGCCGAAACCCAAGUCAUAUGAGCCUCAGUCUCGCCCUCCAUUUGCAUCAGAGCUUUUGAGAGCUUAUUGUGCUUCUCGGGGAUAUACCGCUUCAAGUGGGCUACCCGAUGAAACUCGAGCUUCCCGCCAAAUGUUGAAGGACUAUAUUGAUGGGAAGCUUAUGCACUAUGAAUUACCUCCUGGGAUGUCAGACGAGAAAAACGAAUCUGUUGCUAUUGCAUCUGGCCUGUCAGACAUUGAUGAAUCUGAUUCCUCUGAUCUUGAAGAUUCAUCUGUUGAACUUGAAGAUGGGCCGAACAUUGAGGAUGUAAUGAAUGAUCUUGAAUCCUUUGAUCUUGCAAACGGGCUAGCUACAGAGAAGACUAAUGCAAAGAAAAAGGUUCCAAAAGCACCACACAAACUCCACAAGAAGCCACAGAGAAAAAAGGAUCGAUCUUGGAGGGUUAGAAAUGAUGGUGGUGAUGGGAUGCCAUUGGCAAGGGCCUUUCAGAAGGCAGUGAAUACUGUCCCUCAAAAUCCUUAAUCUUGGUAAAUGGUAAUGUGCUGCUUGCUGUGUGAGUAUAUUAUUGUCUGUAGUGUCAGCCUCGCUGGUUAAUGUUAUAUCUUGAAGUUUUGACUCUUUCAUACCUUAGAAAUGAAAUAUAUUUCCUUAUUGCUUA